UUUUAUAUCUUUCUCAUUAAACCCUAGAGAACUCCAUCUGCAUGCUCGCCUCCUCGCCUCAAGCGCCUUCCUCGAUCCGCUUCGUCCCUCGCCAAGUCAUGCUCCAACAAAACGGCGCCGCCAUGGUCAAAGUGGACGGAAAGGAGAGCCGGAAGGAGAAGAAGGAGAGGAAGAAACGCUCCUCGGAAACCAGCCAAUUAGAUGGGGCCAAUGUUGGUAGAAUGCCGCUCGAGGGACUGGGUCGAGAUGCUCUCCUUAGAUCGAUUGCCGCGUUCCUCGACAGUAAUGGCUUCUCCAAGACUCUCUCCGUAUUGCUGUCCGAAGCCCAGCUCGAGAUGGGUUGUUGGGAAUCAUCUUCUGUGAACUUAGAAGACCUAUUUGGCAAGUUAUUGGAUCCAAGUAAGUGUGAUACAGAAGCUAUCAUUAAUUGGCUGAGAGAUCAAGUGUCUAAAAAUCUAAGCAAUUUACAAGACGUGAUUACAAAUCAUUCCUCUGUAAAAACUGACAAGAACAAAAGAAAGAAAUCUCAUCAAGUUGAUGGCAAUGGAAUUGAAACACUUAAGUCUGAAACAGAGAAAGUAUUUGAUGAAGGUAGUAAGACUGUUGAGAAAUUGGCCAUUGAUUUUGUUCAGGGAGAACUUGAUGGGGUUAACAAAGUAGAGUCUGAAUUGAGAGGUUUAUCCGCUAACAAUGCUGAAAUUUCUGAAGAACAUGUUCAUGAAUCCAAUGAACAGUACAAAGUGAAAAAGAAGAAACGAAAAGAGGCGUCUAAAAUCUGUGAUGAGAAAUUGGCCAUUGAGGGGAAAAUCAAUGAGGGAAAAAAAGUAGAUUCUGAACUGGAAAAUUUAUCACCUAAAAAUUCUGAUAUUCCUGAAAAACACCAUGAAUCCAAUGAACAGCGCAAAGUGAAAAAGAAGAAGCAUAAGGAGGUGCUGGAAGUAUGUGAUGAAUUACCAAGGGACAUUGGAAAUCACAAUGAGAUAGUUAAAGCUAAAAAAGACAAACUUGUGGCCUGUGAAGACAAUUCCGUCGCGUCAAAUGUAAAGGAGAAAACUGAAAAGUGGAAAGCCAGAAAAGUUAAAGGUACAGAUCCUGCUACCUUGGAUCCCUUGGAUGACAAUGUUUCUACACAUAAAAUUAAGAAAAAGAAGCAGAAAUCGCCUUCUGAUGUGUCCAAACUGAUAUCUGGUGAGGCAGCAGAAAAAAAAUCUGCUGAUAAAGUGAAAGAUGUUGAAAUUAAUACAUCUGAUUUUGGAUAUCAAAAUGUUCUUGUGUCUGAGGAUACAGAAGUUACAAAGGAAGUUUCUAAGAAAAGAAAAUUGUUGGACUCUGAAAAGAAUGAUGGUGAGAUUGUUAGUAAGAAAUCAAAAGUUGACUCCAAGGUCAAUGCGGAAAAAGUAGAAACAGGGAAAAUUGUGGAAUCUGACAGGUCUACUGUGGAUAUUAAUACCCCAGUUCCUAAGAGGAAUGCAAAAGAAAACAAGGAUACUACUGAGAAUGCUGGUGAGCAACUUCAGCACUCUGCUAAGAGCAUGGAAAAUGGUAGCUUGCACAAUUCAAAGAAUGAAGUGGUAGGGCAGCAGCUGGAGAAUGGAAGCCUUGGUAAAAAGGGAGGACGUUCAGUGGAGCUAAAAAGUAAUACUCCAUUUCAGAGGGUAAAAGUGGAUGAUGCUAAAUUUGUUGACGAGAGACUCAAAGACAAUUCUUACUGGGCCAAGGAUGGUGCUGACAGUGGAUAUGGUGCAAAGGCUCAGGAAGUUCUUGGUCAAGUUAAAGGAAGGAACUUCAGGCAUGAAAAAACCAAGAAAAAACGUGGAUCAUACAGAGGAGGACAGAUUGAUCUGCAGUCACACUCAGUAAAGUUCACUUACUCAGAUGACGACGAGUGAUUGGCUAGUAGCCAAACAAUAAUAGUUCCAUAUUUUCUCCAACUUGGAUAUGUUUACCAUUAUCAAGUAUAAGAGUAAAGUUUAGAGAAAAUGUGCUUCAAUAUCCUGUAGCCCGGAAAAUCAACCUGAUAGUACGUUCAAUUUUGCCAAAUUAUUUGAGAAUCUCAUAUUCUUAGCUUUGGAACUGUUCUUGGUUUAUGAUUCUUCAUGCUUUGCAUUUGUGGA